AUGAUGUUCCCCAAUGUUAUUGCGCCUUCGGCGAUGUAUCCAAGUCUCCUGCGGCCAGCACCAACUCUGACACUGCCUCAGUCUUUGCAAUCUGCGUUUGGCAACCAUUCCAGCUUUUUAGUAGAGGACCUACUAAGGAUCAGCCGGCCUGCCAGCUAUUUCAACCGGACUGUCCAUUCGCCAAGCACGUCACCGUCAAUCUCAGAAGCCGCCACGCUAAACACAGCCUCAGCUGAUCACGUCAUCACCUCCACCACCGUGUCACGAGGAACCUGCUCUCCACUGACGUCACUCUCCACGAAUAACAGUCCCAGUUACCUGAAGUUUGGAGUUAAUGCCAUACUGGCGCCAUCUACGAGAAACGAGUCCUCCCUUCCUUUGAUUCAUAGCAUUCACCCAAAGGCUUUCCCGUUCCCGUAUUUUGACGGAUCAUUCCACCCUUUCAUCAGAUCCUCCUAUUUCCCAGCUUCGUCAUCAGUGAUUCCCAUACCAGGCACAUUCUCCUGGCCGCUCGCAGCCAGGGGAAAGCCGAGGAGAGGGAUGCUUCGCAGGGCUGUGUUUUCUGAUGUCCAGCGCAAAGCCCUGGAGAAAAUGUUUCAAAAACAAAAAUACAUCAGCAAACCCGACAGGAAGAAACUGGCUGCAAAACUUGGACUUAAAGAUUCCCAGGUGAAAAUUUGGUUUCAAAACAGAAGAAUGAAAUGGAGAAAUUCCAAAGAAAGGGAGCUGCUUUCUUCCGGCGGGUGCAGGGAACAGACCUUACCCACCAAAAUGAACCCUAACCCUGACCUCAGCGACGUGGGCAAAAAAUCCUCCGAGGAAGAAGAGUCGUUUUGCAGAGACAGUCCCCGGCCUUCAUUCUGCCAGUCCCCCGCGCAGCACAAAGUCAUCGAUACACAUUUAUUAUCACCCUCACACUCAAGCAAACACUCAGACUUCUCAGAAUCAGAGGACGAAGAAAUAAGAGUUUCGUAACUAUUAUACUUUAUACAACAUAAAUAAAAUAUAUGUUUUAUAUAAAGAUGACUUUAUACAAUAUUUGAGUGAUAAUAAAAUUAAAGAGAUGGUAUCCUGAUAGGGGCGCAUGUUAUUAUGCAAUUAGCUGAACUGACUCUUACUUUCAGUUUAUUAUAGGCUACGGAUAUAAUCAUUUUAAUGCCGUACAAUGUAUUUUUAAAAGCAGGUGGCUUUAACAGUGUAUUAGAUUCCACACUGUGCAGAACAAUAAAAUUAGCAAUUGUGUUUGGUUGCUAGUUUUUUUUAUAUAUAGUUUUUAAAGAGACAGACAGA